AUGUCGUGGUACAAGUUGCAUAAUGAAUAUUUGUUACCAUACAAGGCGGCCAUCGAGGCGGGAGCGUACACGACCAUGUCUUCGUUCAAUUUGCUGAACGGGGUGCCGAUGCACGCGUAUCGCGAAGUACACGAAGACAUUAUCAGAGGUAUGUUCGGGUUCCGGGGUUUCACGGUCUCGGACUAUGGUGCAAUCAUGGAGUUGAGCCACCAUAAUGUGAGUGAUGCCGAUCAUCCGGAGAAUGCCGCUAUGCAGGGUUUGUAUGCUGGGGUGGACAUGGAUAUGGCGGACGGGUACUACGACAAGUUACGAAAGUACAAGGACGUCGUGCUCCCGAACGGGCGAACAGUUGAGGACGUUGUGAAUCUGUCUUGCAAACGAGUGCUAAAGGUGAAGCAGGACAUCGGGCUGUUCGAGCAUGGAGGGUUGGCCCUGACGGAAGAUCGCGAUAAGUUGUGGAGCACCGUGUGGUUCACAGAUGAGCAUCUAGAGGUGUCUCGACAAGCGGCUAUCAAGUCUUCUGUACUGCUGGUCAACAAGGAUAAUACACUGCCUCUGACGGCUCCCGCUGAUGGAGACGAUAGAGAAUUCUUGCUUAUUGGUCGCAUGGCCGACUUCCCUGACGACCUAAUGGGGUCUUGGGCCGGGUUGUACCUGGAUCCGGAAAUGACUCCCAGGCAACAUACUAUUACCAGGGAGAUCGACCUGCGGUUUGGUUGUAAAUUGGCGGACUCAGAUGACACUAUUACUGAUACUGGUUGUAACUGGCAGUACCGUAAAGGUUGGAAUCAGAUAUACGACUCAACUCCGAAUGAUGGCGAGUUAGAUGACACUGAUAUUGCGGCGAACAAGGAAGUAUUGGAUUUAAUUAAGGCUGACCCGAAGCGCUUUAACACGAUUUUCAUGGUGGUAGGUGAGUCGUUCGUUCAGAACGGAGAGUCUACUGCCCGAGCUCAUUUAGAGUUGCCUCUUACGCAGGCGCAGUUGGUGAAAGACGUCCGUACUGCAGCAGACCCCGCAACGAAGUUGGUCCUUAUUCUCAACAUCGGCCGUCCUAAUAUCAUCACAUGGGAGGCUGCGAAUGUAGACGCUAUCCUGCUAACUUGGGCUCCGGGAUCCAUGGCAGGUCCGGCGAUUUUCGACAUGGUGUUCGGAGCCGCGGUUCCUAGCGGACGUCUGCCAGUUUCAUUCCCCCGUUCGGAAGGACAGAUACCGGUAUAUCAUUCCAAACGCCCCUCGGGUCGCAUGAUGCCCACAGGAAUGGAAGAUGGUAUUUACAACCCGUUGACUGACAAGUUCUUCUCACGCUACCUCGAUGAAAAGGUAGUACCUCUCUUCCCCUUUGGGUUCGGACUUAGCUACAACCAAUUUGAAAUCUCAGAUGUAAGCAUUGACAAGGAAACUGUCACCGGUGAUGGAACAUUCACCAUUUCCGCCACCGUCAAACGAAGCGGCGACCACCUUGAUUUGGCCGAAGGCGAAGUUGUCCAAGUCUACAUUCACCAAGCCACUAGCACUAUGUCACCUCCGGUGAAGAAACUGAAGGAAUUCCAGCGCGUAGAGUUCGCCAGCAAAGACACCUCCAAGUCUAUCAAGAUCACAAUGAAUGCGGCCGACGCCUUCGGAUACUACAACGGACAACUGAACUACACUGUGGAAGAAGGUACGUAUUACAUCUACGUCGUACACGACUCUAGUGAAGCCGGAGACAUCAAAAAUGGUAUUGUUGUCAAAGUGAAGAAUUGA